CCGUGUUCCUUGUCGUUCGCCGCAGUGCCUGGCGCCUGGGAAGAGGUGGUUGUGAGGGGAACAAGCUCGUGGCUCUCUGGUUUCCGAGGUUUGAGGUUUGUCGAAGGAGGGAGAGGGCGGCGAGCGAGAAGAAUCCGUUGCAGCCGGUCCUCGGCGACUUUCCCGCUGACCUCCGUGCGACGUACCCGCCGCCGCUGUUGGUUGGAGCAUUUGACAUUGUGCAGCAAAGAAAUGGUUAUGGAGAAGCCCAGUCCGCUGCUUGUAGGGCGGGAGUUUGUGAGGCAAUAUUAUACUUUGCUGAAUAAAGCUCCAGAAUAUUUACACAGGUUUUAUGGCAGGAAUUCUUCCUAUGUUCAUGGUGGAGUAGAUGCUAGUGGAAAGCCCCAGGAGGCAGUUUAUGGCCAAAAUGAUAUACACCACAAAGUAUUAUCUCUGAACUUCAGCGAAUGUCAUACUAAAAUUCGUCAUGUGGAUGCUCACGCAACCUUGAGUGAUGGAGUAGUGGUCCAGGUCAUGGGUUUGCUGUCCAAUAGUGGACAGCCAGAGAGGAAGUUUAUGCAAACCUUUGUUCUGGCUCCUGAAGGAUCUGUUCCAAAUAAGUUUUAUGUUCACAAUGAUAUGUUUCGUUAUGAAGAUGAAGUAUUUGGUGAUUCAGAACCAGAACUUGAUGAAGAAUCAGAAGAUGAAGUAGAAGAGGAACAAGAAGAAAGGCAACCAUCUCCAGAACCUGUUCAAGAAAAUGCUAACAGUGGUUACUAUGAAGCUCACCCUGUGACUAAUGGCAUAGAGGAGCCAUUGGAAGAAUCGUCUCAUGAACCUGAACCUGAGCCAGAAUCUGAAACAAAGACUGAAGAGCAGAAGCCACAAGUGGAGGAGAAGAACUUGGAAGAGUUAGAGGAGAAGUCUACUUCUCCUCCUCCUGCUGAACCUGUUUCUCUGCCACAGGAGCCACCAAAGGCUUUCUCCUGGGCUUCAGUGACCAGUAAAAACCUGCCUCCUAGUGGUACUGUUUCUUCCUCUGGAAUUCCACCCCAUGUUAAAGCACCAGUCUCACAGCCGAGAGUGGAAGCUAAACCAGAAGUUCAGUCUCAGCCACCUCGUGUGCGUGAACAGCGACCUAGAGAACGACCUGGUUUCCCUCCUAGAGGACCAAGACCAGGCAGAGGAGAUAUUGAACAGAAUGAAGCUGAUAACCGUAGAAUAAUUCGCUAUCCAGAUAGUCAUCAACUCUUUGUUGGUAACUUGCCACAUGAUAUUGAUGAAAAUGAACUGAAAGAGUUCUUCAUGAGUUUUGGAAACGUUGUGGAACUUCGCAUCAAUACCAAGGGUGUUGGGGGAAAGCUUCCAAAUUUUGGUUUUGUGGUUUUUGAUGACUCUGAACCAGUUCAGAGAAUCUUAAUUGCAAAACCAAUUAUGUUUCGAGGGGAAGUACGUUUAAAUGUGGAAGAGAAAAAGACAAGAGCUGCCAGAGAGCGAGAAACUCGAGGUGGUGGUGAUGAUCGCAGGGAUAUUAGGCGCAAUGAUCGAGGUCCUGGUGGUCCCCGUGGAAUAGUGGGCGGUGGAAUGAUGCGGGACCGGGAUGGAAGAGGACCCCCUCCAAGAGGUGGCAUGGCACAGAAACUUGGCUCUGGGAGAGGAACCGGGCAGAUGGAAGGCCGCUUCACAGGACAGCGUCGCUGAGGCUCCACUGUUGGCAAAGUCUUGGCAGUGGUACAUUAUUCAUCGUGUUUGCAUUCUUGUUAAUUUUUUUUGGCUUUGGAAUGUGACACAGCCUUUUUGAUCAUUUCUUUGAUGUGAAAAGCAUCUUUUGGUUAUCAGUUAAAUUGAGGUGGACAUUAUUUCCCCAGUUUUACAACAGGAUUCGCAUUGUUAAUUUAUAAAUCUAGACUUGGAGAAUUAAGGACUGAGAAAUGACCAUAUCUUAAACUAUCUGCAACAAAAUGAACUUAAAAGGACACGCCCAACUGAAUUCAGGUCCUUUGAGUCAAAAAAAAUCCUCUGCUGCACAUUUUGUUUAAGUGUUACUGUUUCUGCCUAUUAAUGUUGGAAACACAAAUAGUGCAAUUUGUGCAAUUGGAGAAUCUUGCCUUUUUCCUUGGCUCCCCCCAAAAGUACAAACCAACAGAAACUUGUUAUGCACUCAUCAAAAUGCACUAAUGGGUACUCUGAACUCAUUAACAUUGACAUCUGCAAAGGAGGCAACAGGGGAAAAAAUCUUUCAUCUUUUUUUCCAGUAGCGCAUAGUUGUGAAAUGAUGAGGGCAUUUUUACCUGCUUGCUGUGACCAGCGUGUGUACACAUAAACCUUAACAAGACUACAAGUAUAUUCCAGAAGGAAAUCAUUUAGUUAUGAACUAAAUAACAAAAAUCAGAACUUCAAAUGCUAUGGUCUUGAAUAUUAGACCAGAUUUAGUAGCUCCAUAUCUAAGAUUUUUCUACCUGCCCCUCUUCAGUACAGGGAUGGCUGGCUGCUCAACACACUCCUCCUCCCCCCUUUUCCUUUCUUUAAGCUGUGUACAGUGAAAAUUGUCUUUACUGUAUUUUGUUCUCUGGUAAUGUAAUAAGCAUGAUGGUGCCUUCUAUUAAUACAUCAUUCCAGUCUUGCUGGUAAUUUUGUACAGUAUAGUGUAUGAAUUGCUGUGCUGCAAAGCCAAACAGCUACAAAAUGUUGAAAAAUCAUUGAAGUGUAUAAAAAUUGCAGUAUCUUUAAAAUCAGUAAAAUUGACUAGCAUAUUA